AUGUUAUCGACUCUUGGGGCCUGUGAUUACAUCAAUGAUCAAUUUGAUCCUAUUGAUAGAGGUUCAAAGGCAUCUGUCUAUGCUUGCAAUAUCCCAGCGAACAACCCUUAUGGUUUUCACGAUGGAUUGUGUGCAGUCAAGUAUUUCAACGAUUAUGCAGUAAAACAGGCUUCUGAUUUGCAGCCACUAAAUAUUAUCAUGAAGGGUUCGCAGACUUUUAUUCCCGGCUUCAGGAACAGAUACUCAGAAUUGCGUGGUUCCCGUGGCAGUACUAUGCAUGAUCCUGCGUCGCCGAUGGGAAGGAAUAAUGCCACAUCUGUCACAUGA